GGUGGUAACUAGUUACGACCACUCUGCAGAGGCUAGGACUAGGUGGAGGGUGGAACGAUAGAGUUAACUCAUCGUCUCGUUCCGCAGACCUUAAAGUGGGCGGUGUCGGAGUGCACAUUGUUUUCUUGUAUCUUAGGUCUUUGGAAAGGAGAAACGAGAGUGGUCAGAUCAGUGUGUGAAGGAAGGGUUGGUCGACAUGGUGGGAGAGUACAGAUGAUGAAACAUUGAGAACGGAACACUAGACCGAACAUUGUUCCUAAAACGGACAGCGAGACGAUCACGGUGAUUAUGCCCAGCGUAGCAGUGAGAAGUUUAUCACAAGUCGAAAAAUACCUCAACAGCCGGAACGAUAUGAUUUCUUAAACGCACCCGUACUUUUCUGCAGAUUAUCUUCUUGGGUGUAACCGAGCCGAACAUAUGCACAUUCAAGACUUCCUGUCCUACUACAGGCGGAAUGGAGCAGUGGCGAAGGGAACUCCCGGAACAUUCCGGAGUCGAUGCAUCACGGCAGCUCGGAGAACAACCUGGAUCUGGACCUUAGCGGCAUCCCAGACUCCCAACGCUACCUCGACUCCUCCCACCGCAGCCUAGACUCCUCCUACCGCUCCCUGCCCCCUGGACUCAACAGCUUGCAGCAGAAGAUCCUCAGGGUGACAGAGCAACUGAAGAUUGAGAAGGAGUCGCGAGACGACAAUGUGGUCGAGUACCUGAAACUGGUGAACAGUGUCGACAAGCAGCAGGUGGGGCGCAUCAAGCAUGUGUUUGAGAAGAAGAACCAGAAGUCGGCUCACAGCAUUGCCCACAUGCAGAAAAAGCUUGAGCAGUAUCAUAAGAAGAUGAAGGACAGCAGUGAGAAGGACGCCAGCUCCAAACACCACAGCAUCUCUAAGGAGAGCUCAAAGGACAUGCUGAGCCACACCAUGAGCAACGUGAGCAGUGGUAGUGGACGACACCCACUGGACAAGAUCAAGACAGUAGGGCCUGGUGUCUCGCUCUCGCCACCCUUCUUUUUCAGCAAGCCCCGGGACUUUGCCAACCUCAUCAGGAACAAGUUUGGCAGUGCCGACAACAUCGCUCACCUGAAGACCUACCUCGACACACCCUCUCCCUUCCACUCUGAAGGAACUGGGCGGGCCUUGAGUGGGAGCGCCACCUUAGUGGGUGGGAAGACCCCUGCCGCCACACCCACGCCCAAGUACACCAGCGAUGACGAAUGUUCCUCGGGCACGUCCCUGUCGGCGGACAGCAACGGGAACGCAAUGGCUCUGGGCGUUGGCCUGGGUCUAGAAGUGGGUGUCGGGGCGGGGAUGACCCCAGGACAGAUCCUGGAGUCUGGGGACAGCCAGGAGAGGCUGGGCCUGACCACGGAGGAGGUUAGGGAGAUCAGGGAGGCCCAGGGGCAGCUGGAGGAGGACAUGGAGGGAUUCAGGACCCAGUUCAAGAAAGACUACAACUUCAUCACCCAAACGCUACAAGAGGAGAGAUACAGGUGUGAGCGGUUGGAGGACCAGCUGAAUGAUCUGACUGAGCUCCACCAGGCUGAGACAGCCGACCUGAAACAGGAGCUGGCCAGCAUUGAGGAGAGAGUGGCCUACCAAGCCUACGAGAGGGCGAGAGACAUACAGGAGGCCCUAGAGUCAUGCCAGACGCGGGUCUCUAAACUAGAGCUCCAGCAGCAGCAGCAACAAACCGUACAGCUUGAGUCCCGUGAUGCCAGGGUGCUUCUGGGUAAAAGCAUCAACAUCAUGCUCGCCAUCGUCACCGUGAUCCUUGUAUGCGUCUCCACGGCCGCCAAGUUCGCCGCGCCCCUACUGCGGAGCCGUCGUCACGUGAUGGGCACCUUCCUGGGCAUGUGUCUGUUGGCGUUGUUCUGGAGGAACUGGGAGAAUCUACAGUGUGCUGUGGAGAGGGUCCUGGUGCCAGCCUGAGGGGGGACAAUAGUCUAAUGCUGUCCAUGUCACUCACUGCAACAAAUGAUCUACGGACUGAUCUCAGAACUCCAACAAAACAGCCUAUUGAUGUAGUAAAAUGCAGAAGGUGCUUAAUGCAAAAGAAGUCCGAUGGGGGGGAAACGGAGCUAGCAGAGCAUGGUCACUGACUGGUUAAUCGCAUCACCUAGAAUAACACUGAAUAUCAAGACAAUGUGGGGUGAAUGAACACACAAUGACUGACAUAACAACAGAAACUACAACCACACUGCUCGAGAAUGUUGUAAUCCUUGAUCAAUGUCGUUUCUUGCAAUUGUAAGGUUUCAAUCGAUGCUCCCAGAAACAAGUCUCGCAGUGUUAAGUCCAUCAUGAGAGACGACUGACUUCAAUAUAUAGGUUCUCCAUUGGUCAGAAGAGGGGAUGCUGUCCAGAAAACACUACAACAAAUAAUGUCCAGAUAGUUAGAUCACGUGCAUAGUGCCGAAGAAUUGCGAUAGAGCAAGCAUGAUUGGGGAAAGAUGGGAGCUGGGUAAAGCAUGGUUACUAACUGACUGACUGUUCAUUUAUAUAUUGUUGGAUCACAAUCUCCAAUGUCUCUGACAGGGUUGGUAGGUUGGUCACGGCACACAGUCAUCAGAGGGCAUGGUUGCAUCACGGUUGUCUUACGGUCGCAGAGGUUCAUGGUUCUUCACCCUAUCCACGCCAUCAAUACACACACACACACAACUCAGCCUUGAUGGGCGGCUCUCCCAACAUUCUACUACAGAGACUACGGUCCACAAUACAGGAGUCAGGGAGGUGGAUAUCUUGUUUUGAUCUUUUAUGUCUUAAGGCUUAUGUCUUAUAGCCAAUCCUCAUUCCUUCUUUAUUACCUUGCCUGCAGUCAGAAGUUUGUCGGCCUUCUUUUGAAACUGUCGUCGACUUGGUUCGUUUACUUCUUUUAUUGGAUACAUUCUAAAAGUGUUUUUUUUUUAAUUUAACAACCACUUGUUUGUUUGUUGUUUUUAGGAAAGAAUGUUCUCUGUUUCCCUCUAGAUGGAGAAGUGACGGGAUGCUGUCUGUCUGAAGGUUUGGGGUUUGGGGGAUGUAAAAACAAAACAUUUUUUUUUUUACUCCAUAUACAAACUUAUACAUACGAACAACACAUGACAGACAGCCAAACAAUGACUACAUCUCAUCUGCCCAGAACAGCAUGCUCACACACCCAUCCCUAGUGCCUGCAUUAUUGUUUGCCACUUGUCCUUAAACUGUAUCAAUUUGUUUUUCUCUAUUUCAAUAUUUAAAUAGUACCGAAUGACAAUAGUUAUAAUCAAUAGAUAGAGAAAGUAUUUCUCGGAGAGGAGGAGGGACCGCUAAGGUUGAUUGGCCAAUUGAAUGUUUGUUGACCUCCAAGAGGAAAUAGUGAACUCUCUAGAACACUGUCACAUGAGGCAUUGGGUUCUUUUACUGUUCCUCUGAACCACUUUUUCUGUUCCAAUGGGUGGUAGGCUAGCUAGCUCCUCUAGUACAAUGAGAAGCAUCUGAGCAUUUGAGCAGCCCUACAUACUCCACAGUGGACAGAGGACACUACAGGUUUGCUUCAAGAUAAGCCAUAAAAGGAGUAUAUUUUAUGGACGUCCUGGGGGGGGGGGGGGGGUCGACUUGCAUGCGGACUAGUAUCUGUAUGUGGAAUUAACAUGACAGAUACGGACCAUAUCUAAUGUUUGUUUGUUGUAAUAGCAUUUCCUCUAAUUUGUUUGUUUGUGUUGACCUAGUCACAGACAGGGUUGUUGUUGUUUACCUGCUGCUGACUGUAUGUACAGUAUGAGAUUUGGGUAAUACUUUAUUUUACGGCCCAGUUUAAGAUGGUUCUAGUGUUGCAAUACUCGGGUAACUUUCCCAAGACAUCCAUGUUUUCCAGAAAUCCUGUUUGGAGGAUUCCCAAUUCCCUGCUUAUUCCCAUUUUGAUUCCGGGAAUCUUCCAACUGGGAAUUUUGGGGAAAGUUACCGGAAUUUUGCAAUUAUUACGUAAUUACCGUUUUUAACAUUUUAAUUUCUAACUACAGUACCUGCUAAACGGGGGGUACAGAGAUUAUUUAUGUUCCUCUGUUUUGAUGCACCUGAAGAAUUUACCUGAACAUGGAUUAGAUUCAUUACAGUCUCUUAUUCAUCUUCAAUGCAUAAUAAUAUGAUUUACCUGUUCUCAUACAUUAUGUGCCUUCUUGUAUGUGACAAUUCUGUUUAAAUUAAACAAAAAAAUGUAGUCAACAAACCACUCCAUCAUAUUUGAGUGAGUGGGAUAUUUUGUGCUUGCCUGUCGGAUAUUUGCCUAUGGAAAAAAAAUAAAAAAAAGUCAGGAAUACCACCUUAGUGGUAUGGAUGGCAGUAAUUGUCAAAAUACUGAAUGAACUAAUGAAAUAAAGUAAUUAUUAGUUCAUUCAUGUCUGCGGUUUCUCCAUUGAUAAAGUCGAGCUGUCAACUGUCCAGGUCUGUACUAUAACCACAAGGGGGUGUAAGUGCUUCAACAUAAAUCCUGAUGAAUAGUUACCGAAACAGUGCAACAGCACCCUCGACUGGCCACGAUAUAUCAUGACAUGACUCCUCUACUAAACUCUCUCCCGUCUAGUUUCCGUCUAACACUGCAGUGAAUCAAGGUCUGUCUGUCUGCCCGUGGAUCGAUUCCAGUGUAACUAUGGCAGAAAUUACCCCUCUUUCUCUCUCUGUGUGUGUGUGUUGUCUCCAACAGGGCUGCCAUCCAUGGGUUUCGAGGGUAGUGUUGAUGUUCAUAGAAAGAGAUGCUGCUUAGCCUGGCGGGGGGGGGGG